UGAGUAAUUUGGAGAAUACUUAAACUGAGUGCAAUGGGAGCGUUAAUUGAAUAGCCAACUAGGAAAAGUCAGAUUGCUGAGUGGUGGGAAGGAAGAUAAAACUCUAGAAGCUACUGAGUGCUUUACAAGUGCCCACGUGGAAGCAAGACGGCAGCAAGCCCUGCUCUGUUAUAAAUGAAAUUCUACCGGGUGGGGAUGUGGCACAUGCACUGAGACUGUCAACUUGACCUGGGAGGUGGCCUUAGCUAAGGAGGGGUAAGGUUGGGAGGCAACCAAGGGGUGGGACUUCAUCUCAAGCAGAAGAAAAGACCAGAUGCAAAAGCAAAGGGGCUGGGGCAAAAGUGCAGAAGCUUUUAAAAACUGGAGAUGGGGGUUAGGCUUUUAAAAGAGGUGUGGUAGAGAGAGGAAACAUUGUGAACGGAAAUAGUGAAUUGGGUAAACAUUUUUUUUCACCAGGCAGACACAAGACUUGCAAGGGCAAACGUGUACUAGCAGCGGAAGGAGCAACUGUCAUUCUUUCUACAUACCCAGGACCCAGCAUACGAUGGACAGGGCAAAACAGACAACCGAGACCCUUCUGCAUUUGUCACCUGUUGAAGUUGCUAACUUGAAGGAAGGCAUCAAUUUUUUUCGAAAUAAGAGUACCGGCAAAGACUACAUUUUCUACAAGAAUAAGAACCACCUGAAGGCAUGCAAGAAUUUGUGCAAGCACCAAGGAGGUCUGUUCAUAAAAGACAUCGAGGAUUUAGAUGGAAGGUCUGUGAAAUGCACCAAGCACAACUGGAAAUUAGAUGUGAGCACCAUGAAAUAUAUCAAUCCUCCAGGGAGCUUCUGUCAGGACGAGCUGGUUGUUGAAAUGGAUGAAAACAAUGGUCUUUUACUUCUAGAACUGAACCCUCCUAAUCCGUGGGAUUCAGAUCCUAGGUCUCCUGAAGAUUUGGCAUUUGGGGAAGUACAGAUAACAUAUCUCACUCAUGCCUGCAUGGACCUCAAGUUGGGAGACAAGAGAAUGAUCUUUGACCCUUGGCUAAUUGGUCCUGCUUUUGCCAGAGGAUGGUGGUUACUCCAUGAACCUCCAUCUGAUUGGCUGGAGAGGCUGUGCAAAGCAGACCUAAUUUACAUCAGCCAUAUGCACUCAGAUCACCUGAGUUAUCCUACCCUGAAGCAUCUUUCUGUGAGAAGACCAGAUAUCCCCAUUUAUGUUGGUGACACAGAAAGACCUGUAUUUUGGAAUCUAGAUCAGAGUGGUGUCCAGUUAACAAAUAUCAAUGUUGUACCAUUUGGAAUAUGGAAGCAGAUAGACAAAAAUCUUCGAUUUAUGAUAUUGAUGGAUGGUGUUCAUCCUGAGAUGGAUACUUGCAUUAUUGUGGAGUACAAAGGUCAUAAAAUACUCAAUACAGUGGACUGCACAAGACCCAAUGGGGGAAGGCUGCCUGAGAAAGUUGCUCUCAUGAUGAGUGACUUCGCUGGAGGAGCAUCAGGCUUCCCAAUGACUUUCAGUGGUGGAAAAUUUACUGAGGAAUGGAAAGCCCAGUUCAUUAAGACAGAAAGGAAGAAGCUAUUGCACUACAAGGCUCAACUGGUGAAGGACCUGCACCCCCGAAUUUAUUGUCCUUUUGCUGGUUAUUUUGUGGAGUCCCACCCAUCAGACAAGUAUAUUAAGGAAACAAAUAUCAAAAAUGAUCCAAAUGAACUGAACAACCUUAUCAAGAAAAACUCUGAUGUGGUGACAUGGACCCCACAACCCGGAGCCAUUCUUGAUUUGGGCAGGAUGCUGAAGGACCCAACAGACAGCAAGAGCAUCACAAAUCCCCCAGAAGGAACUAAAAUUUACAAGGAUUCCUGGGACUUUGGACCAUAUCUGAAUAACUUGAAGGCUGCUGUAGAAGAUGAAAUUUUUCUUCACUCAUCCUGGAUAAAAGAAUACUUCACCUGGGCUGGAUUUAAGAAUUAUAACCUGGUAGUCAGGAUGAUUGAGACAGAUGAGGACUUCAACCCUUUUCCUGGAGGACAUGACUAUUUGGUUGACUUUCUAGAUUUGUCCUUCCCUAAAGAAAGACCUAGCCGGGAACACCCCUAUGAGGAAAUUCGUAGCCGGGUUGAUGUCAUCAGAUUCGUGGUGAAGAACGGUCUACUCUGGGAUGAUCUGUACAUAGGAUUCCAGACUCGGCUCCAGCGGGACCCUGAUAUCUACCACCACAUGUUUUGGAAUCAUUUUCAAAUUAAGCUCCCCCUAACGCCACCCAACUGGAAGUCAUUCCUGAUGCACUGCAGUUAGAAUGGACUUCAGAUUCCCCAGAGAUGCCAAACAUGAACAAUUCAAGAAUUUCCUGAUGCUACUAUACUUUGAACACAAGACGUUUAUACCAAAGAGACAAUGCACUAACUACGAGCUGGGUAGUACAUAACUGCAGGUUACACUUUAGAGAUGGGGAUUUUUUGUUGAGAAUCACAACAUAGAUUGAUUCAUGGUUUCUUGUUUUCUUUUUCUUUUUGUUUUUUUGCUAGUCCUGAGGCUUGAACUCAGGGCCUGGGUGCUGACCCUGAGCUCAUUUUGCUCAAGGCUAUCAUUCUACUACUUGAGCCAUAGCUCCAUU